GCUUUAUGAUGUUCAUUUUUAAUUUAGUUACAUGCUUGGUCCCUUUGCGCUUUGAGCUGGGUAUGAAAAAAGGACAAACUCUAAUGCUCAAAGGCUCUCAGAUUUUGUGAGGGUAGGGGGGAUAAGGGUUGGUUGUACACGGUCUUACCCGUACAACAUUACAAAGAAGUUUUUUCCUAUACUUGAGCAUGUGACUAUUUUGUCAAAAAAAAAAACUGUCUUACCACUGCUCCAAGGCUUGCUUAGCUGGAUAUGAAUCAAAUAAGGGGGAAAAAAAAAAGUGAAUCCGGAUCCUUCUCUCCUGGGUUUUAAGAUUGUGCUAGACUUCUAGAAGAAAUCAGAUGGAUCGUGGUAAAGCUUCCCUUACCCCUGAGAAUGAAAUCAAGGACCUAACAGGUUCGAGUUUUCCCAGCUACAAACAUAACAGUCUUCUGGAUCCCGUAGAAGUUUCUUCUUCAUCUUCAUCUUCAUCUUCAGAUGAUGAAAAUGACCUGUCUAAUGAUGGCGUAUCUAAUCAAUUAGUCCUUUAUGACCCUUUGGCAAAUGCAAACAACACAAUCGAACUUGUCCCUGAUCCUCUUCAGUGUGAACCUCUAUUGCUUCCGAGAAGCAGACUUGCUAGUUCAUCUCCUAGAGUUUUACCAUCAGUUGGUGCUUUCACUGUUCAAUGUGCAUCCUGCUUUAAAUGGAGGUUGAUUCCAACAAAGGAAAAAUAUGAAGAAAUACGUGAACAUAUCCUUGAACAGCCUUUUGUUUGUCAAAAAGCUCUUGAGUGGCGACCUGAUGUAUCUUGUGAUGAUCCAGAGGAUAUUUCUCAGGAUGACAGCAAGAUUUGGGCUAUUGAUAAGCCAAGCAUUGCACAGCCUCCGGCUGGAUGGCAGCGACUGCUACGGAUCAGAGGUGAAGGAAGCACAAAGUUUGCAGAUAUAUACUAUGUAGCACCAUCAGGCAAGGUACUGCGCUCAAUGGUAGAGAUCCAGAAGUUCUUGAUGGAUCAUCCAGAGUAUAUGACUGAUGAGGUAACUCUUUCACGGUUCUCAUUUCAAAUACCAAAGCCACUGCAAAAAAACUAUGUGAGGAAGCGCCCUGCUAGACUUACAACUUCAUAUGAAGGCAGUGGACCUGUUGAAUUCGAGCAAGUGAGUCCUCUAGCAUGGGCUGGUCCAGAAGACUGUGCUAAUUCACAAGGAAGACCAGAGCUUCCUGCUCCAUACAUGGGAUCCCAUGUUUUUGACCCUAUCAAUCAUCCUGCAAAGAAGCAAGCAACUCAGAGCUCCUUCCAAAAAGAUGAUCAGUAGUAUGAAGAUUAUCCUGAUUAAAUCUCUAAAUAUCCUUUUGGUUAGUCACCUCCUAUAUUUGUGUUGCUUUUGGGUAGAUCAUUGCAUCUUCCUGUGUUGCAUUGCAAAUAGAGAAAGAUUAUCCUUUUGGAUAAGAGAAGCAAAGUGUUGAAAAUGAACUGCUACAGAAGAUGAAAGAUAUAGCUUUUGGUAGGGCAAUUAUUUUGAGGUGUAAUAUGAGAAUGCCAAAUCAUGCUGCGAAAGCAAUGUAAAGAAGGUAUUGUGAUAUUAGUUUCGAUUGAAAAGUAAUCGAUUUUUAUGUUGUAUUUU